GUGCUUUAGACACAUUUCCAGCCAAAAGUCCCUGUAGUAGUAGUAGUAGUAGUAGUAGUAGUUAGCCGGACAUUACUCAGUUCUCUAAGAGCGGCUGUUGAUUCAUCCAGUGUCGCCGUACAGACCCCCAGCAGCAACAGCAGCGGCGGUGUGGUAAUGUAACCCGGCCGGCCGUCUCUGGAUGUGUUUUAUUUUUAUUACCCCCUCACCCGCCAUGUUGGUGUUGCCCUAAUACCCCCCAGUGACGUCAUAAAAGCAUGUUCCUUCCGUCCGACGCUGAGUGGAGCUACAACUGCUGAGUGUUUAACCGCACUGGAGACAAAGCAACGAAGCUAACUGCCCCCCUUACCCCCCAGGAUCAAUCUUACCUGUUUAUUUAACUGUAUAACAGCAGUCUGAACUGGACACUCGAAGCUGAAGAUUGCACAAAAUGGGCAACUUUCUUACACUUUCCUAAAUGGACAAGUCUGAUGUGUCUUCCUCACCUGGAUUUGAAAAUAACACACCGCUGUAAAUAUUUGGACGGAUGAUAGAGACAGCCACGCUGAUGACACUUGAACACUUAACAAGCUGCUUUCAUUAAAAAAAGGUUUUUUUUUUUCCUAGCAGAAAUUCAGUCUGCUAAAAUGGAUGGAGAGGAAGGCCUCUCUCAAAAGACUGAUGAUGUGCACCUGGAACAUAAUGGUUCUUUGGAGAGUGACAAGAGAAAAGAGGCCAAAGGAACCUGUUUAAAAAUUGAGGGUCAAGAUGGUUAUGUAUUUAAAUCAUACCGCAUUACUCCUCGCGAGAUAACAGAUGCAACAUCCGCUCAUUCUCCUACAGACACACUGGCUAAAGACUCUUCUUCUGCGUCCUCGUGCCUCAAGGGGACAAUGGAUAAUGCAUCUUCUCAGGUUGAUGGACAUUCAGGAGAUAGUUUGGAAGCAGAGAGCUGCAAUAAGCAGGGCUCGCCAACUUCUCCAACCAUUUCAAUUAAAGACCAGAGCACUGAAACAGACAAGGACAAUUCAGCAGAUGAACUAAAUGUGCAUAUCAAAGAUGAACCAAAUGAAACAGGUGAAGGUGCUCAGGAGGAUGAAAAGCUGUACUUUGAUGGUGCUGUUGGUCCCUUCGUCACUAAAAGCAAUGAUGAUGACUACGGUAAUAUACUGAGUGGCUACUCGAGUACUUUUUACGAUGUUGCAAUGGAUGCUGUCACACAAAGCCUUCUCACGUCUAUUAGAAAUCCUCUUAAUCCUAGAAAGAAGUCUCCUGCUUGGAACCAUUUUUUCAUAUCUCCUCGUGAUAGUACCAAAGCAAUCUGUAUGUACUGUAUGAAAGAGUUUAGUCGGGGUAAAAAUGAAAAAGACCUCAGCACUAGUUGUUUGAUGAGGCAUGUGCGAAGGGCUCACCCCACUGUACUUUUACAAGACAGUGACUCUUCAAAUACUUCAUCCAAUUCUGCCUCAUCUUUAAUACCUCCCAUUAAAUCACCAAAUAAUGGAGACCUGGCAGCUAGCAUUAAGCCCCACUUAAACAAUCACACCUCACCGUCCAUCUCUUUAGCAGAAGCCACAGAUGUAGCAUCCAAAGAGGCAUUGCAAAAGGUCAAGCCAAAAGCGGAAAAGAAUGCCAAGACUGACUCUGGCAUGGAACCUUCCCCACAUUCCGUCAACAACCACAAUGACGAUGCCAUGGACAUCGGGUCUGACUGCUCAGGCUCAACCCAUAAAAACUCAAGUUCUCGAAGGCGAUCAGCUGUGUGGAAACACUUCUAUUUGUCUCCUGCGGAUAGCUCAAAAGCUGUGUGUAUUCACUGCAUGAAUGAGUUCAGUCGGGGUAAAAAUGGGAAAGACUUGGGAACAAGCUGUCUAAUCCGCCACAUGUGGCGGGCCCACAGAGACAUCGUCAUUGAAGAAAAUGGACAGGGCUCCUCCAUUCCACCACCUUAUACCACACCGCCAACACUACUGUCACAGAUGCAGGACCCUGUGGAGAUCAAAAAAGAGCCCAGCUGUACCUCACCUGAAAACAUAUCACAUGAAGUGCCCAAUGAUGACAGUGAAAAUAUGGUUGUAAAGGAGGAGGUAAAUGAUGCCACGUAUCAUUCUGAACAUGAAUCUUCACUCAACAUGUCCUUUGACCUAAAAAAUGACAAUAUACCUCCAUCAUCAUCGUCUCCAGAUGACUCUGCUGAAGGCCCGAGUCUAGGUCAAGAGCAAAGCUCGGUUUUCCAGCAAAACAAAAAAAUAAUGAAAAGGGUAAAAUCAGAGGUGUGGCACCACUUCAUUGUCUCCCCAGUUGACCAACUCAAGGCUUUGUGUCGAUACUGUCCUUGUGUCAUUAGUCGUGGCAAACGUGGUGACUUCGGCACAAGCUGUUUGAUGCGGCAUCUGAUGAGGCGACAUCCUGAUGUUCUAAAGAACCAAAAAAGCACAAGCGUCCAAGUGUAUUCACCUCAGUCACUCCAUACUACCCUCACUGCAGAGGAGGAAAUGUCAGCAAGUGCAGCUGACAGCCCUGCUAGUAUGAAGAAACAACGCACUCUACCCAUUUUUAGCAAGAAGACUUCAAAACUGUGGAAUCACUUUUCUAUUUCUUCUGGAGACCCAACAAAGGUGGUCUGUUUGCACUGUAGCCGCACAAUAAGCAGGGGCAAAAAACCAACAAAUCUAGGCACUAGUUGCUUAUUUCGACACAUGCAAAGGUUUCAUGGACAUGUGCUUGAAAAUAAUAGUAGUAUCUCAGGUGAUGUGUCAUCAGCUGAAAUCACAGUAAAGCAGGAGCUUAUGGACACUUCUGCAUAUGAGGAAAAUAAUGAGAAAUUUGAUGAUUGCCACCCAGUUGCCAAAAAAAUCACCAAACUCAUUGCAGAAAUGCUUGCACUGGAUCUUCAGCCAUCGGCUGUGGUGGAGAACGUUGGCUUAAACCGAUUACUGGAAUAUCUCCAACCACAGUAUUCUGUACCCUCUUCAUCUUACUUCACCAGCACUGCCAUACCAGAAAUGUACGAAAGCGUGAAAGAGGUUGUCCUGACACACCUCAAGGAGGCUGAGAGCGGAAUUAUCCAUUUCACAACAAGCGUAUGGGUAAACAGUCAAACUCGGGAAUACCUGACUCUUACAGCCCACUGGGUAACGUUUGAGUCAUGUGUCCGACCUCAGGGCCAAGAUUUCCACUGCUCAGCUCUGCUUGGUGUGUCCCCAAUAGACUGUGAUUACAAUAUGUUGAGCAUACAGAAGCAGCUUGAGUAUCUUUGGGACACCUGGAUUGCUUCCUCAGGCCUGCAGAUUGGAUUCAUUGUAACUGAUAAUCAAGCCAUAGGAAACGUGCUGGAGGACAGUGCUCACACCAUCAUGCAUUGUUUUGGUCACAACAUAGACCUCAUUGUUAAUGAAGCCAUAAAAAGUCAGAGGAUGGUCCAGAACUUGUUGAGCAUUGCACGAAAGAUCUGUGAGCGAGUACAUCGUUCGCCGAAGGCAAAGGAGAAGCUGGCAGAACUGCAAAAAGCUUAUAACUUGCCUGAAAAUCAGUUGGUCCAGGAUGUUCCCUCCAAGUGGAAGACCUCAUAUUUCAUGCUUGACAGAUUAGUUGAGCAAAAGAAAGCCAUUGACGAACUGUCUUUAGAGUGCAAUUUCAGGGAACUUAUAAGCUGUGACCAGUGGGAGGUGAUGCAGUCAGUUUGCAACGCUCUGAAGCCCUUUGAGGUGGCCUGCAGGGAGAUGAGUAAUCGCACUGCUACUCUUGGACAAGUCAUACCACUCAUUCAUAUCCUUAACCGCAAGAUAGACAUGCUUUUUGAUGAGACUAUGGGUAUUGACAACAUGCUUAAGUCUCUGAAAGAGGCCAUGGUGACCAGAAUGUCUCCCACACUUCAUGACCCACGUUAUACAUGGGCAACCAUGCUGGACCCCCGGUACAAGACCUCCCUGUUCACCGAGGAGGAAGCGGAGCGGUGCAAGCAAGACCUAAUACAAGAACUCGAUAAGGUAUCCGUAGCUACCUCUGCAGAGACUAAACCUCCAUUGUCCAACGGAUGCGGUGAGGUCCCAGCUUCAUCUAACAGUUCAGCCGCAAAUAAGGACAACCUCUGGGCCCUGAUGGAUGACAUUAGGCAAAAGAUUAAGCAAGAAGACAGACCAAAGUCGUCAGAGCUUGCUGUUCUGGAGUACUUGGAGGAAGACAUCCUUGACCAGAGCUGUGAUCCUCUGGAUUAUUGGAAUCUCAAGAAGUUCUUGUGGCCUGAACUUGCCAAAGUAGCUGUACGUUAUGUGGGUUGUCCACCCAGCAUUGUACCAGCAGAGACUCUGUUCAGCACGUCAGGUGUGAACUGUGCCCUGAAUCAAUCCAGACCAUUGAUAGAAAAUCUUGAAGGACUCUUAUUUUUAAAGGUCAACCUUCCUUUGAUAUAUUUUCAGUACUGAGACCUUUUUUAUGUGUGCAAGCUUAUUUCUUAGACCCUGAUAAACCCUGACCAAGGACCAAAUCGCUUCUGAGAUGGCCCUUUAAAAUAUUUUACACUGAGGUUUAGAUUUGGCAUACAGAGCAUAUAGAUCAUGUUAAUUUAAAUAAAUGCUUUGUAUGUGUACUACUGUUCAACACUUAGUAACUGGAGUUGGUGUGAUACCCGGUGAUAAGUGUUUUCAGGGAGGGAGGGAGGGAGGGAGGGAGGGAUACUUAGCUGUAGGGAUUUUUGUGUGUUGCUGUUCUCUUUUUUUUAUGGCCAGAUUUUUGUCUUCUCUCUUCUUGUGCCUUAUAUGAACUACUUCAGGUCAAAAUGCUGUAAAUAUUAUCUGAUGUGCAAACCACAUCAUAGUGUACUGACUCAAUGAAUAUGUAAAAUAGAAUGGGAUGCUGA